AAUCGAGGGAACAAAUUAGUAAAUUGUGCACACGAUUUAAUUUUUUUUCUUGCCUGUCAUGUGCGGGGCUCUGUAUAUAUGCAAGUUUUUGAGUUAGUGUGUUUUUGUUUUUUUUUAUAUGAAAUUAAAUUAGAAUAGAUGGGUGUUUGUGACAUUAAAAAUACCAUACAAUUUUUUUUUUUUCAGGGGUUGAGCUGUACAUGCGCAACUAGUAGCGUAAAACAAAAGAACAUGAAGAUUCACACAUCGUCACAUCACACACCUGCAGUGCUUCUGUGAACCGAGAAAAACAAAAUAAAAUUAAGUAAGCUAUAUAAAAGGAAUAAAAUAAAUAGGACUACACAUUGUAUUUCAUUUAAAUAAUUAACAGAUUAACAAAAGAAAAAAAACGUCUCAGGUUACGCAUGUAACCAUGGUUCCCUGAGAACAGGGGACGAGAUGCUGCAUCAGAGCACUAGGGGAAAUGUCUCCACAUGAACCGGUGUCUGAAACACUUAUCUAAUCUCGGCAAUAUCAUAUUGACAGGCGACAGCCCAGGACAUCAUAACAGUGCGACCUGUAAGUAUAUAAGGGGCGCCUGUAUAACAUGUCAUCAGCUUAUCAUCUAAAGGGACUAUAUGCAGGCGGGCCCCGAGGUCUCGUUCCCUGUUCUCAGGGAACCAUGGUUACAUGCAUAACCUGAGACAUUCCCUUUCGAAAGGGAACUCGUGCUGCGUCAGAGCGCUAGGGGAAUGAUAUACCCACACUGCCAUGCUGAGGGGAGUGCAUGCCAACGUAUGGAAGUGACAGCUGUCAGAAUCAAGCAAUUUCAACUGAAACGCCAGACCCAUUCUCCCUACAGGUCACAAAUGAGCUGUCGGUGACAUCACUCCCUGCGGUCAAAGCCCAAGCUAUAAGCCUCAAAGAAGGCUCCCAUAUGUUGCACAUAGGGGCCUGCCAAGGCCGCUCAAAGGCCUGGGACCAACAACUUCAACAGAAGGGGUCCCUUUUAGGGAAUGUGGCUAGGGGGCCCCAGCCAGUCACUUCUCAGGGGAACCACGUCACCCCGAAUGCCACCAGGGAGGCUGACCUGGUUUUCUAGCUGUACUAGUAGCCUAGUCUGCCAACAACCUGUCUGUUUCUACAGAAACAGAGCCUCCGGAUACAUAAGUCUCACGAAGAGACAUCCAGAAAGAGGGACUGCAAGAAGGGCAGUAGACCGACUUAGACCGUAUCUCAGAGACGGGCAUCCUGAAGAGCAAGACUCAGCAAAGAGAGGGGAGUAUAUCUGCUUGAUCCUAGGAUCUACAAAGCACCUAUGUUUCUAGGCGAUAAGGAGGCUGUGCACUCUAAAAAGGAACCAUCGUGAAGGGAAUACUCACAGCCUAAGGGCUGAUCUAACUGGGAGGCCUCAAGAGAAGCCUUCGACCACUGACCAGACUUAGGGAGCUAAGAAUUCAAACCUACCCUCAAAGUGAGGGCAGUCAAAAGAGCUCGACCCGUUAGGUCAAACAGGCUAUAGGCAAUAGAAAGCCAAGCCAGCUACACAAGGUAACGUGCGGUCUCAGGGGAGCCCAAAAGGGCAACCACCUGACAACAAAACUUUGCUGACCGAUACCCAGCUGCUGGGGACUCGCGUCAGGGAGGCCUACAGUUGGCAACUACCUGGUAUCGUGUCUAAGCUGGCAGAGAAAUACCCGCACUGUGGGGAAUUUCGCCUUCAGAAGGGCCCCAUAGGGCCGAACACCUUGAUUGCAAAAUUUCACUGGCUGAAGUGACCAUUGCUAGCCGCCAUGCACCCACUUGCUAGGGGCUGGCUCUCAGGGAGGCCUGCUAAGGCCAACUACCUGCUAGCUAGCUGUCUGAGGCCUGCAACACUGAGGCUUGCCCACAGGAAGGCCUGCUAACAUUCAGGGAGGCCUGCUGAGGCCAGCAACUGAGAAGAAGCAUUUGCUAGCAGCCAGAUACCCACACUGCGUCGUCAGAGAUGCAUAUUAAGGCCUACUAUCUGAAGCAAAACUAUGCACACCUACCAGAAAAACCCAUUACUGCUGGGGACUAGCCUCCAGGACCGCCCAUUAGGGCCAGCUGCCUGGUAGCUAGUUCUAAGUGGCUUGAUACAGCACCCAUACUGUUGGGGCUCGCCUUCAGAGAGGCCUGCUAAGGCCAACUAUCUGAUAGCAAGUCAUAGCUAGCUGUCCAAGUACCAAAAUGCUUGGGAUUCACCCACAGGAAGGCCUGCUAAGGCCAAUCUUCUAGCUACCAGAACCCAACCAGAUGGGGACUCGCUUACCGGGAGGCCUGCUAAGGCCACACCAAAGGCAAAUACUAUUGGGGACUUGCUUGCAAAGAGGCUAAGGCCUACUUAUCCAACAGCAAGUCAUCGCUAGCUGCUAAAAUCACCAAAACUGGGAGCUAGCUCACAGCGAGGCCUACCAAGGUCUGACUAACUGCCAACAAACAUCUGCUAGCUGUCACAAAACCCAAAGUGCCAGUGACUCACUCACAAGGAGGCCUGCUAUACCAACUAGAGCAUGUCUUGUUGCUACAACAUCCACACUAAUGGGGGCUCACCACAGAGAGGCCGGCUAAGGCCUACUAUCUGAUAAAACUAUAAUAGCUACCAGGAACCCAAUUACUGGAGGCUGCUCACAGGGAGGCCUGCUAAGGCCAGCUACCUGACAGCCCGCCUGACCUUGAGAAAAACUAUAGGGUGGAAACCAACCACAAAGUCUCUAUCAUGACAGAAAUUAUAUCUGUAUUCAGCACUAGGGGAAUGGGGCCUUUCAUAGAAAAGCCACCCAUAAACAACCCAACGCUUGAACGUUAGUUCAGCGAUUAGUCUAGCGAUGGCCUAACAGUAGCUCAGCUUAUGAAAUGCGGGACACAGCAAAAAGCAUUUACUAUUCACAAAUAGAAAAAGGAGGGAACUGCCUAUUCUGCCUCUACACCAAUCUGCAUUAUGCCCCAAUGCAGAGGGGGUGGGCCUUGGCCUCGAUUGAGAGGAGGCCAGCACUAGGGAUUUUUUUUAUUUUUUUCAAAAAGGAACCUACACUCACUAAUGAGGGGUCAGUGGCAGGAAUGUUUAGCAGACUGCCUAAAAUAUCCCUAGUGCUAGCCUAGGCCAGCUGACAGGGCGGCCCUGGUGAGGGCCAGCCCACAAAGCAUAGAUCUACCUGGCGCUCCUCAGAGCAGCGGCCUCUACAGAACAACUCUCAACAGAGAGGAGGCAUAAUCACUCAACUGAAACUGCUAAGGUGGUUCAAAAACUACCAUUAAAGCCUUAGCUAUCCUAAUUACAAUUAGGAAGAGUGACGCUAACCAGGUAACAAUGUCAGGCGUCCCCGUGGGACGACGCUAGACAUUUAAUCUAUCUGAAGUCAAAGUGCUCGUCUCUUUGCAAAACAGCCCUCCAAACAAACAGGAGAGGAGACAAACUACUCUACCCUAAAGUGGCUACCAAGGCAGCCUGCAUAGGGCCAGCCUGCAACAGAGCAGCAGCCUCAAAACCACUCUCAAGUAAGAGGAAGCCAACAUACUCACUAAUGAAGAGAAAUAUAAAAGAGCGGUAGUCCCAGAAAACAAAGAAUAAGUGAAAACCAGCAGACUCACCUAAGAAGACCCAAAUGGCACUUCUUUCUCUCUAAAAAAAAAUCGUUCUAGCCAACCCAAGGGAACUUCAGGGCCCUAAAAAACACAUAAAAUAAAAUAAAAAUAUAUUUCCAAUUUUAACUAAAUGCCCACACACAUCCUACACAGGGAACAGCAGUCCUCCACCAUGGAAACGUGGUGUCAACUACCCUUACAAGCCUGAAAGGGUCUUCUCACUAUCAAGCCAACGGUAGACCAGCAGAAUCAUAAUUUUCUCAUUAUUGGCCCAGCGACAGGCCUGGGGUUAAAGAAGAACAGAGAGGGUAGUUCUGAUCACCCACUGACCGCGUUUUUGAUGGAUCACCUCCCCCAGUCUUCUGGCCCUGUCAGCAGCCCUUAGGCCUUGACAGGCCAGGUCCAGUCUGUCUGGAUGAGGACUCAGACCUCAGCAGUAUGCACAUGCUGAAUGCCCUUGGUCUAAGUCCCUCAGCAGGUCAGCCUGGUACGCCUGCAAAACAACCAUCGUGUGCAGAUCAGCACCAGCGUGACCCGCUGUCGCGGAUGCCCUGCCAUUUAAGCGAGAUGUCAAUUUAAGGGGCUUAAAUGGCAGAGACUGAGCUUUCAGUGUCUAUGUCCACCCAAAAAAUGAAAUGGAUCAGUCAAUAGAUUUAAGAAAGAGUGAUUCCCUAUCUGUUAUACAUUAAAAUAGGAGGGGAUUAUAAAUCCACCCCUUGACCCUACUUACCUACUCAAAUACCAAUUAUCCCAACUAAUUGUUCUUUAAAAUUUCUUAUACACACACACACACUGAAUUAUGUUUUAUUAACAUAGUUCGGGAGGAACAAGUCAAAUAAGCUACCCAAUCAUUACGUCAUCUCAACCAGCUGUCAACAAUCUGUAAUUAACAUAUCUACCCAAUCAGCAUGAGUUCAGGCCUAUAUAUAAUCACAGUCAAACUCACCCAAGGAUUGAUUACCGAGCUCGGAGCCCUCUCCCCGGACAGCACGCCAAAUACAUUUACCAAUUAAUUUAUCUGACUUAUUUGUAAGUGUGAACUCCUGAAUGUUCUACUUUGUGUGAUGCCAUUACUGUGUGUGUGCGGGGCUUCCUGUGGCUGUGGUUGGAUGAUAUAGUGGAUGAGCAGUCAAACAUCGUGGGCUUCUUAAUGUUUAACACCACCCAUUCAUUUUACCUGGACUUUAUCAGGAGCCUAAAUCUGUCCUGGAGAGAGGGCUAUGACAUUAACCCGUACCUCGGACCAACGCUGUCAUCUGCCCUGCUGUUUGAUGCGGUCCAUGUGGUGGUGAGUGCAGUGCAGGAACUCAACCGGAGUCAGGAGAUUGGUAUCAAGCCUCUCAGCUGCACCUCCCCUCAGAUCUGGCAACACGGGACCAGCCUCAUGAACUACCUGCGUAUGGUGGAGUAUGAUGGCUUGACAGGUCGAGUUGAGUUCAACAGUAAAGGCCAGAGGACCAAUUACACCCUCCAUAUUCUGGAGAAGCACAGGGGAGGCCACAAAGAGAUUGGGAUCUGGUACUCUAAUAACACUCUGCUGAUGAACUCCACCAGUCUGGACAUCAACGUCUCUGAGACUCUGGCUAACAAGAGCCUCAUCAUCACCACCAUAUUGGAGAACCCAUACGUGAUGAGAAAGAUGAAUUACCAGGAGUUUGAGGGGAACGAGCAGUAUGAGGGUUUUUGUGUGGACAUGUUGAGAGAGCUAGCUGAUAUCCUCAAGUUCACCUUCCGCAUCAAACUGGUGGACGAUGGGCUGUAUGGGGCACCUGAGCCCAACUUCUUGUGGACGGGCAUUGUGGGAGAGCUGAUCAACAGGAAAGCUGAUUUGGCUGUAGCUGCUUUUACCAUCACAUCUGAGAGAGAGAAGGUCAUUGACUUCUCAAAACCCUUUAUGACCCUGGGCAUCAGUAUUCUCUACAGGGUCCAUAUAGGCAGGAAGCCAGGUUAUUUCUCCUUCCUGGAUCUCUUCUCUCCGGCUGUUUGGCUCUUCAUGCUGCUGGCUUACCUCGCUGUCAGCUGUGUGCUUUAGAUUGAGCCCGUAUGAAUGGACAACCCGUGUCUGCGUGAG